AUGCCCGCCGGAGUGUCGUGGGGCCAGUACAUGAAGUUUCUAGGCUGCGCUAUGGCAUCCAUGAUGGCCGGAUCGCAGGCGGUUCAUCUGUACUACCGCCCACUGGAGGAUCUGCCCGCCUACAUCGAACGGGAGCAGCACAGCACACAGGUGGAUCCCAUAGCCAAGCCACCGGACUCUACAUGAAACUCUGUACUCGACAAGUUACUGGUUACUAAAGCUAUUUAAGUUUA